GCAAGGACCAUUUUAAAUUAGGGUGUGUAUGUGAGGGAAGUCUACUAAUCACCCAAAUUCUCCUCCUCCUCCCCCUCUCCCAAGCUUCCGUGCACCCUCCACAAACCUCUUCUCUUCCUCCUCCACCAUCUCCGGCGAUUCACUACCCUCUCCGGCACGCUGCCCCUCAACCAUCUCAGGGGCGGAAAGUGUAGAUUUUGAAAUAAAAGAGGAGAGGACUGUAACAAGGAAGGGUAGAAUAAUUUACUCUAAAUCCUUUUCCAGCGGUGAAGUUUCAGCGUUAUGGAGAACAUUCCAGAAUCUUCAUCGAAAGGGACGAAACGCCGGCGAGAUGAACAUUCCGACGCCGUAAAAACCUCAUCACUCGUUUGCCAUUCGCAGAGGAUGAUCUCACAUUCAGUGAUACACUGGUUGCGCUUCGAAUCAUGCGAGCUCAGUUUCCUCAACUUCCCCAGGCUUCGGUUGAGCCGUUUAUGCUGAAGUCACAAUUGUAUAGCAGUGUGAAGGACAGAACACAAGUGGAUAGGGAAUUAGAGUCUCUAAGGAGGGACAAGGUUCUGCGGGUUUUCAAAUUAAAUACUGGACAAGAUGAUCAUGCUGUAAUGUUUUUGGAUGACUACCUAAAACAGGUAGAUCGUGUUGUUAAAAGAAUGGAAGGAAAGAUUGGAGGGGAAUGUGAAGUUUUUGGGUGGUUCAAGACUCAUGUUCUAGAUUCAAAGCUGGAAACUGGCAUCGAACAUCAGGAGCUUUGCUCGCUCCUGUCACUUGGGGGAAAGGUGAAGGACAGUCACAUCUCCCUUCUAAUUAAUGCUGGCCUCCUUACCAGGCAACUUAUUGAUCCCAACAUGUAUUGGAUAGCAAUUCCAAAUAUUGGCUCACUUCUUAAGGGUCUUGUUCAGGGAAGAAAGGAAAUUAUUUCCAUUCUGAGCCGUCGUCGAUAUAAGGAGAUGAUGUUGGCCUCUUUGGAAAAGAAGCGUCUUCGAAUGUCUCCACUUGAUAUGAGAUUUCAUCUUCGUGAUUUGAUUGGUUCUGGUCAUCUCAAAACUGACCAGACUCCAACUGGUUUGAUUAUUAGAGUAUCAAAGGAUUAGAGAUUCAGAGUCCGAGAUGCACUUGGAUCCAUGAAAUGAUUCAUCCGCUGCUUUUAUUUCAAGAGGCUUUAGUUGCUUAUGCUUUGGAUUUAUGAUUGGCCUUUAUCACUUCAAAUGGCUGUCCUUUAUGCGAAGCAACUACGUAGAUGAAAUGACUACCAGUUUUAUCCUGAUUGAUCAAGAAAAGCCUACAACAUAUGUCAACCACUUUCUGUAACUCCCCGCGGGCCAUUUGAUGCUAAUGUUACUGCUUACUGGAAGCAAUCAUCUGACUGGUUUUGUGCUUUCAUUACUUCUACUUGAAUGUACUUCCAUUGUUAUUGGUCAAGUCACAGGUGCAUACGUCAUUUAUGCCUUUGUUUUUUUUUUUUUCAAGUAUCCUAGUCGUAUUUUUAUUUGUGGUUCUUGAAUGUUUGGAGAAACGGUGAGCCAAAAUCAUGGUGGAAAGAAGCAACUUCCUUUAGCUUUUGGGGCUAUCUACCUGGAUUUUGGCAUCACCGUAUUUUUAAAUUACAAGUGGUUAACACAAUUGAUAGUUAUUUUAAAUGUAUUUAGAUGGAUUUUUAUUUUUCUUUGGUCAAGUAUGAAUUUUCAUUUUUUUUGUCCAAGUAUGAAUUUUCAUAUAAAUUCAUUUAGUUAGUGCUACUGCUAAUACAUAAUCGCGAUCGCGGACCAUCGCGAUGAGCCAAAAAUCCGCUAUUUCGGCCGCUAUUUGGCGGCGAAUAGCGGGAAUAGCGCGCUAUAGCGGGCAAUAGCGGCAUCGCGAUUAGCCAAAAAUCCGCUACGCUAUAGUGGCAUAGCGCCGCUAUAGCCGCUAUUUGAUAACACUGCUUUAUGGGUCUGUUUGAGUCAUUCAAUGCCACUGACUAUAUGUUCUUGGCUGCAAGCACCUAGAAAAGAUUAAUAUCCAAUAGCUAUCUCUGCAAGGAUUGACUUCUUGGCAUUCAAACCACAAGAGAUUGCAGCAACAAUGGCCAUGUGUUGUGGGGGAAACCUAAUUUGUUGACAAUGACAAAAUAAUUUUCAUGAUAAUUCAACAUGUAGAAGAGGAGGGGUUAUUGAAGGAUUUGGAUUAGUUGUAGUCAUAUACUCUCUGCAGUCACUACAUUCAUUCAAUGUUUCCGCCCUUCAAUUUAUCUAAGAGCUUAUAUAGUGCCAUCUCAUCUAUGCCCACUCAAUUUGCUAGCCUCUCAUUUUGGUGGCUCUCAGUCUCAAGUUCAUUUUUAUUGGUUGCUUAUGACACAAAUUGCUGGUUAAUGUCCUUCCUCACAUAAUAGCCCAGAUGCUAAACGGAGGAACCUAAACAAAACAUGUGAAGUGCUAUUGUAGUGGUGUGGGUUUGGAAUUUGACUAUCAUCCGUAGGAUGCAUUUCCAGAAAAGGACGUGUGUUUUACGGAAGGUGCCCCCUUGAAACAAUACCUAAAAGAGACAAGAGAUUGCCAUUGGAUAUUUAUUCUUGGGUUAACUAA